UUGGUCCUCGGCGGCCUCCGUCUGGCGACGGGCGCGGAAGAAGGUCGGGGGACUGGGUGCGCGGCGCCUGGCGGGGACUUGGAGAUGGAGUUCGACUGCGAGGGUCUGAGGCGGCUGCUUGGCAAGUACAAGUUCAGGGAUCUAACUAUGGAAGAACUAAAGAAUGUAAAUAUGUUUUUCCCACAUUUCAGAUAUUCCAUGGACACCUAUGUUUUCAAAGAUAGUUCCCAGAAAGACCUGCUGAAUUUCACUGGCACUGUUCCUGUGAUGUAUCAUGGUAAUACAUAUAACAUACCAAUUCGUUUGUGGAUUUUGGAUUCUCACCCUUUUGCUCCCCCCAUUUGCUUCUUAAAGCCAACUGCAAAUAUGGGAAUCUCAGUUGGAAAACAUGUGGAUGCUCAAGGCAGAAUAUACUUGCCCUAUCUCCAAAAUUGGAGCCACCCUAAAUCUGUCAUUGUUGGAUUAAUUAAAGAAAUGAUUGCCAAAUUUCAAGAGGAACUUCCUCUGUAUUCUCUACCAUCAUCUGAUGAAGCGCGGCAGGUGGACUUGCUAGCCUAUAUUGCAAAAAUCACUGAAGGUGUCUCAGACAUAAAUUCAAAGAACUGGGCAAAUCAGGAGAAUAAAACAAUAAACAAAAUUACUGUGGUUGGAGGUGGAGAACUGGGAAUUGCCUGCACAUUAGCAAUUUCAGCAAAGGGCAUUGCAGACAGACUGGUCCUCUUAGACCUCUCAGAAGGGACUAAAGGAGGGACGAUGGACCUUGACAUCUUUAAUCUGCCUAAUGUCGAGAUCAGCAAAGGUGAGGACUCUCAUUAGCCUCAACAUGGCCUUCACACGAAACAACUUGUCACUUUCUCUUUAGGAGACCUUCCAGAGCAACCCUUUUGCUGAUCACUCAUUACUCUUCAUGCUUUUAGUAUUGGUGUCUGGAAUUUUUGUAUCAUUUUUUCCUCUUACUGGGAAAUUUUAUCAAUAGACAUACAUUUUAUUUUUCAGACAAUCCUCUCUAAAGGUAGAGAUAUAGCAUAACUACUGAAUUCAUGGCCUUAGUUUGCCACAUAUGAUGAAUCUUGGAAAGUGUUGGCAUUCUUUAUACAACUCCAAAACCCAGCUCACUGUGGCAGUAAUCAUUAAAGGCACUAACUUGAACUGAGCAGUAAUUCCCUACCUUCUUUUUUAAUAUGGGCACUCUUGUUUAACAUAAACUAUCCAUUUCACCAGGAAAAAAUACCCUUUCUAGUCAUUGACUGCAAGAUUGCCCAAAGCUACUGUGAAAUCAUUCUUUGGGGAUACCCUCUCCCAACAUAGGAAGAUUUUUAAUAGCUCUCAUCUUAACACAAUUUCUAAAUUAAGGGUUAUCAUCAUCAUCAGAAGAGCAAACACAUUUCUAAAAUUUUGAGUCAUAGUGAAAAAUAACUUGAAAAGACGAUAUUCAGUAAUUUUCUAUUAUAAGAAGAAGGGUUUAGCAAUAUAUCAGGGAACCAGAAAUACUUGUACUGUCUCCAUUAUUCAGAGUGAUGCACUGGCUAGAAUACUUCAUUGAGAUCUCCACAGCAUUUAGAUGUCAUUCUUUGAUUGCCUUGUUUUCCAUGGUUUUGAAUAAAAUAAUUCAGUAAUGAUUUAAAAUGAAUGUGUAUUUCAUUUAUCACAACAUCAUCCUCGAAAUCUGAGAACAGUAGUAUAUCAGAGCAUGAGAUUAUUUAGUGGAUCUUCUGACAUGCUUGGUAUUGGAUUGGUAUCCCUUAGUAUAGCUAUGACCAGCCACUGGUCUAGGGCCUAUGAUUAGGAAGCAGUGGCUUAUCAGGAAGGAUAUAGUUUUUCUGGGCUACCUAUGGAGAUGGGAUAGAGGUGAGAGUCUUGCGUCCUGGAAGUACAGAUGCUAACUGACCCCUGGCACAGGAGGAAACUUUUCGCUGUGCAAAUACAUAAGUGGUAAAGUUAGGAUUUGAACCAGGCAGUCUCAUUCUGAAGCCCUCAGUUCUAAUCCUUGCACCCUACUGUGUUAUUGUUAAAUAAACUUCUAUUAUAAUCCUUAUUGUAAUUUAUAGCAUAGCUUUCCAUAAUCAUGCUUAAGGUUCUUCCUAAUUCUCUUUAUAACUGUAUAAUCUUUUUCCCCUCAUUAAAUCACCAGCUUCUAAGGGAAGACAUGAGCAGGAAGAGUCAAAUAAAAAUUUUCUGAGUGCCUACUAGGUGAAAAGAAUUUAGUUGCCUGUGGGGCAGUAUUUACCAAACCUAGUUGUGCAUCAGAAUUACAUGGGGAGUUGCAUUCCUGAGAAAUAUUUCCCCUUACCUAUUUAAAUAAAAUCUUCAGAACAUGGGAUAAUCUGUAAUUUUAUUAUGCUUCCCAAGUUAUUCUUAAGCACCCAGCCUAGCAUUUAAGAACUGCUUCAGGGGACUGAUAGAAAUGGAAGGCUCUCUACUUGGCCGGAAGCAGGUUAAAGUUUAGAUGGAGAGACACACAGGCAAGAUGUAAACAGUGAUUCAUGACAAGAAGGGAGUAAUGAGGUGAUUUAUGAUUGGUUGCCAAGAGACUGGAAAGACAGGGGAGACUCCUGGAGUUGACUGGAGGGAGAUAUUACUUUCAGCUAAGUCGGACUGAGAAGUGCUGGGUCUUCCAGGACUGGGGUGAUGUGGAUUGGCAGAGAUGGUGGGAAAUGUACCAGUUGCUAAGUGACUGGAUCUUGGAGAUGGAAGGAUGAGUAAGAUAAACAAUCGCUGCUCUCAUAGGACUUAGAAUAUGUUUAAUGUAGUAAACAAUUAAACAGAUAGUUAUUAAACACAUGGUGAGUGCAGUGAGAAACAUUCCAGAUGAAAGAAUUUGAGCAAAAGCCAAUAUCAGGAAAGUGAGAGAAAUUUUCUGAGGAAGAACAUAAACCAAUUCAACUUGAGCCCAAGGUUUACCUAGGGGGAUAUAAGAAAUACUAGCUUCCAGGCUCAAAAGAAAAGAGUAAAAGGCUUGGGAGCUUGAGGGGAAAUCUUACGGAGUAGGAAGCCUUUCUUGUUCUUUUGGAAGCAUAUUAGACAGCUACCACUCUGUUUACUCAUAGGUCAACCUUGAGGGUGAGGGCGUUUCUAUUAUUCAAAGUAGAGGAAGCUAAAGGGGGAAAAGAAAAAUGAUCCUGGCAAGAUAGGUCAGGGCGAAAUUGUACGGUCGUAAAUUGAACUGUUUACUGAUAUUUAAUAGUAAUGGACAAGCCACCUACUCUCUCCAGAUAUCAAUUUACUCAUGUUUAUGAGGAUGGAGGACUAAGUUUCUAAAUAUAGAAUAGUGCUUAAUAGCACUCUGAAGCCAGACUGCCUGGGCUUGAAUUCUAGUUCUACUUACUACCUCUGUGACUUUGAGCAAGUUACUUAACUUCUCUGUGCCUCAGAUUCCUCAUCUGUAAAGUGGGGAUGAUGUUACCCCCUAGUGUGUUGUAGAUUAGAUUGAUUGAGUAAAUAUAUAGAAAGCUCUUAGAACAAUACCUGGCACAUAGAAGUGGUAUGGAAAUGUUAACUGUAUACUUUCCAGUUCCAGUGUCUUCCAAUUCUUGAGGUUUUAACUCAUCACCAGGUAUCUACUCUGAACACUAGAACACAGGAAUUACUUGAGGACUCAUGAAGAACCAUAAUUAAACUCCAGGACUCUGUUUUUGGAUCUUCCCUCCCCACGACUGUGUCAGAAUAUGAACUAAACUUGGAUAAUGCACUUCUCAAUGGACACAUUGCACAAAUGUUUCCUUCUGAAACUUUAGAAAGAUGGCCUUAGAGGCUUAGUUAAGAUAUAAAGCCUGGAAUCUACUCAUUGUCUCCCUGGAAUGCUAAUAUUCAUUUAGGAGUGUUGACUGGACUGAUGCCAUUCUAGUUACUUUAUUAUUUUUCUGUUGUUUCUGAUGCUAAUAAUGCCUGGCCACUGUUUUGGCAUGCACUUACUAUAAAACACAUUGUGUAAUAGAGAGUAAUGUGAAAGCACAUGUGUGCUUCAGGAUCAGAGGAGUGGAGCUAGGAAUGGCUUUUCCUAAGUCCUAACAGUUGCUUACCUGUAGGUCCCACUGAAAACACCUAAAACCAAGGACACUGCGUUUCAGUAUAAGAAAAAGUCGAUAAAAAAUGACCCAAGACAUUUUAUCUUGAUUUAAAGAUUUUCAAACUAUUUUUUUCCUCUUUGGAGUAGAAUCCUUAAUAAAUGAAACAGAUGCAAGCAGAGGUCAAAGUAAACAGCUUGGAGCCGUGCCUACCAACCUUCUUUCCACUUAUUCCCACUCCUCCCAGAUGGCCUCUGAGUCACUUUCAAGGAACUCUAGGACUCUACACUCACCCUUCAAAAAUCAGUGAUGUGAUUGAUUAUAGGUUCAUUUUGCCUAUGGCAUAUUACUUAUUUUCCUUAAGAAAAUUGUGAAUUACAUGAAAAACUAAGUCCUUGUUUGUUGGUUCUGGAUCCUGUAAUUUAUUUUCUUUGUCUUUAUUGCUAACUUUCCCCCCUUGACUCCCUGUGGAGACGGGAGUGAUCUGAGGGCAAGUGUGCCUAAAAGCUCUCUACUUGUAGAAAAGAAAAACAAGAACAAGAACUUGAUUAAAACCUGUAUCUUGAGCUCAGACUGUUUCUUUUUA